GCGGAAUGCAACCAGAGAGACGUUGUCGUUCUUCCUCCAUCAUGAGCGGCGAGGAGAAGAAGCGCAACCAUUGGAUGCUGCCGUGAGGCAGCAGAGGAGAGAACAUGGCAGCAUCUGCAAGACAAAGGAGAGGAUAACACCAGACAACAGUCAUUUUUUCUACUCCUCCUCGUCAUCGCUGCUGCAUGAAUGAAGCCGCUUGACCGGGGCUGAUCUCCACAUGGCUACGACCAGCACUGCCAGUAACUCGAACAAGAGCACGCCCGCUUGCUCGCCCGUCCUGCGCAAACGCUCGCGCUCUCCGACACCACAGAGCCAGGAGGGCGACAACAUGGUGGAGAAGGGCUCGGACCACUCCUCGGACAAGUCCCCCUCCACGCCCGAGCAGGUUGUGCAGAGGACCUACUCCCUGCAGUCGGCGCGCAGCGGGGGCAAGAACUCCAAGUCUCACAAGCGACUUUCCAAAUAUGACAGACUAAACCUGAUAAAAAAGAGCCAAAGCUGGUACAACGUGCUGAGCCCCACUUACAAGCAGCGCAAUGAGGACUUCAGAAAACUCUUCAAGCAUCUACCUGACACAGAGAGACUCAUUGUGGACUACUCCUGUGCUCUGCAACGGGACAUCCUCCUGCAGGGACGACUCUACCUCUCCGAGAACUGGAUCUGUUUCUAUAGCAACAUCUUCCGCUGGGAAACGCUGCUGACGGUGCGAUUAAAGGACAUCUGCUCGAUGACGAAAGAGAAGACUGCCCGCCUCAUUCCCAACGCCAUCCAGGUCUGCACUGACAAUGAGAAGCACUUUUUCACCUCCUUUGGAGCCAGGGACAGGACGUACAUGAUGAUGUUCAGACUUUGGCAGAAUGCACUGCUCGACAAGCCGCUAUGCCCCAAAGAGUUGUGGCACUUUGUCCAUCAGUGCUACGGCAACGAGCUCGGACUAACCAGCGAUGACGAGGACUACGUUCCCCCUGACGACGACUUCAACACCAUGGGGUUCAGUGAGGAGAUUCCCAAUGAGGAGAACGAGCUCAACAAUGACAACUUGUCCAAGAGCAGCGCAGAGGCCAAGCCGGAUGGAAGUCCUCCUCCUCUACCCAAGAAGGUGGUCCCUAACAGCACCAUCGACACGCCCAUCACAUUGGACCUACCCGCAGACGAUUUCGCAGACUGCCCGACGGACGGCGAGCUGCUAGCCGUGCCCCUGCUGGUGGACGAGAGGAACAACGACAUUGCCGGCACCGGCGGCCCUGUACCGUCGCCCUCACUCGACUUCAACGACAACGAGGACAUCCCCACCGAGCUGAGCGACUCUUCAGAGACGCACGAUGAGGGUGAAGUUCAGGCCUUCCACGAGGACCUGAACGGGCGGCAACACAUUAACGAGAUCUACAAGUUCAGCGUGGACAAGCUCUACGACAUCCUCUUCACAGAGUCACAGUUCAUGAGCGACUUCAUGGAUCAGAGGCGGUUCUCAGAUGUGGUGUAUCACCCGUGGAAGAAAGAGGAGGCCGGCAACCAGACCAGGGAGAUCAUGUACACCAUCUCUCUGUCUAACCCCUUGGCCCCCAAGACAGCUACCGUCACGGAGACACAGACUCUGUACAAGGCCAGUCAGGAGAGUGAGUGCUACAUCAUCGACGCCGAGGUGAUCACGCAUGACGUGCCCUACCACGACUACUUCUACACCCUCAACCGCUACAUGCUCACCCGGGUGGCCAAGAACAAGUGUCGUUUACGGGUAUCGACAGAGCUGCGCUUCAGGAAGCAGCCGUGGGGGCUGGUGAAGGGCUUCAUAGAGAAGAACUUCUGGAGUGGGCUGGAGGAGAACUUUCGCCAUCUUGAACUGGAGCUUUCCAAGCUGGAGGACAUGCUCACCGAGUCCCAUCAGCUCUCCCCGAAAGCUAACAAGGUGGUGAAGAACGCCACGGUGAGGCGGAAGAAGAGGCCCACACCCCACAUGCGUAGCCAGCAUAUGGACGAGGCGCUCAGUCCCGUCACCACGCCGACGGACGAGGAGGUCAUCCAGCGCAUCAAACAAGUGGCGGGCUCCACGCAGACCCGGCAUCAGAGUCCGCAGCACUGCCACCUGCCGGGAGGCUUUGCUUUGUACAGCAUCUCCAAAUUGCUGCUUAUCAUCAGCUUUGUUCUGGUCCUGCUGGUGGUCCUCAACAUGAUGCUCUUCUACAAGCUGUGGAUGCUGGAGUACUCUGCACAGUCCUUAACCACUUGGCAAGGUGUGCGGCUACAUGAAAGCAAACUUCCCCAAACACAAAUGGAAUGGGCCCAGCUCCUGGAGGCGCAGCAGCGUUACCAUGACGGCGAGCUGCAGAAGUGGCGGGAGAUAAUCAAGUCGUCUGUGGUGCUGCUCGACCAGGUACUCACGCACCCAAUAUUAUUAUAUUUUUCAAUCAUUUUAAAUAGGAGGUAUCACAAUAGUGUAUUGGAAAUGUGUGGAUCCUGGAAUUUAAGCUGUUGGAAAGUUGAAAAUGUUGUUAGUUAGUAAUGGGAAAACAUAAUUGUGUGUGUUUGUAGCUCUAAUGCAAAUGAGCUGUCUUUGUCCACAUCUGAAUGUGAGGCUGAAAAAUAGACCCUUUUGUACACUGUUGAGAGGGUUCAAUGCUCAGUAGUGUGCAAGUGUGUUUCUGUAUAGCAGUGUUUUUCAACCACUGUGCCGCGGCACACUAGUGUACCGUGAGAUACAGUCUGGUGUGCCGUGGGAGAUUAUGUGAUUUCACCUAAUUGGAUUAAAAAUAUUUUUUGCAAACCAGUAAUUAUAAUCAGCAAAUAAUAUGCCGUUGUUGAGUGUCUGUACUGUCUAGAGCUCGGCAGAGUAACCGUGUAAUACUCUUCCAUGUCAGUAGGUGGCAGCAGGUAGCUAAUUGCUUUGUAGAUGUCAGGAACAUGGUUUGUUGUGAUCACAAUAUGCAGGCGACAGCUGGAGGCAAUGUGCAGGUAAAAAGGUAUUUAAUGCUUAAACCAAAAAUAAACAAAAGGUGAGUGCCGCUAAGAAAAGGCAUUGAAGCUUAGGGUUGGCUAUGCAAAAUGAAACUAAAACUGAACUUGCUGCAAAAUGAACAAAAACAGAAUGCUGGACGACAGCAAAGACUUACAACGCGUGGAGCAGACGGCAUCCACAAAGUACGUCCGUACAUGACAUGACAAUCAACAAUGUCCCCACAAAGAAGGAUAGCGUCCGCACAACUUAAAUAGUCUUGAUUGCUAAAACAAAGCAGGUGCGGGGAAUAGCGUUCAAGGAAGACAUGAAACUGCAACAGGAAAAUACCAACAAAACAGGAAAAGCCACCGAAAUAGGAGCGCAAGACAAGAACUAAAACACUAAACACAGGAAAACGUCCAAAA